UAUAAAAGGAAAGUGAAAUAAAAAUAAGAAUUUAAAUUUCGAACGUAAUUUUCGGCGUACUUCGUGAUUUUCCGGGGGUGUUCGUGCGCUUUCGGGCGCGUAAUCGGGUGCGUGUCGUGAUUCGAGAUUCGGUCGGACGAGUUGAACGCGGCGGCGGGCGGGUACACGGGUUCACCGUGGCCGCCGCUGGAACUCGACCCCGUGGGAUGGGGACGAAAGCUAUACCCUUCGGGAGCCCCAAGAUCUUCAGGCGGACUGAUGUUCGGCCUGCACCACCAGGAGGCGGCAGGGGGCAUCCAUGCUCAACCCCGAGGGCCUGUCACCUCACUAAAGGAAGAACCCCUCACUCGGGCAUGGAUGACUCCAACCUCACUAGUUGAUAAUACCAAUAGCGUAGGCGUGGGUCGUGCGCACUUCGAGAAGCAACCACCCAGUAACCUGCGCAAGAGUAACUUCUUCCAUUUCGUGGUCGCACUCUAUGAUAGAGCGGGACAACCAGUUGAAAUCGAACGCACCGCCUUCAUUGGAUUUAUUGAGAAAGAUCAGGAAGUUGAAGGGCAGAAGACGAACAAUGGCAUCCAGUACAGACUUCAAUUACUUUAUGCAAAUGGUAUCCGACAAGAGCAAGACAUAUUCGUUCGACUUAUCGACUCGGUGACGAAGCAGCCUAUUGUAUACGAGGGACAAGAUAAAAAUCCAGAAAUGUGCAGGGUUCUACUUACACACGAAGUUAUGUGCAGUCGGUGUUGUGACAAGAAGAGUUGUGGUAAUAGAAACGAAACCCCUUCAGAUCCAGUCAUCAUCGAUCGAUUUUUCUUGAAGUUCUUCCUAAAAUGUAACCAGAACUGUUUGAAGAAUGCCGGCAAUCCUAGAGAUAUGAGAAGAUUUCAAGUGGUGAUAUCAACUCAAGUGAUGGUGGACGGUCCUCUCCUAGCGAUAUCAGACAAUAUGUUUGUCCACAACAACAGCAAGCAUGGCCGGAGGGCAAAGCGACUAGACCCAAGCGAAGGUACAGACGCCGCGACAGACAAUACUUGUUUAUAUCCGCCUCUGCCAGUAGCGACGCCAUGCAUCAAGGCCAUAUCACCGAGCGAAGGCUGGACGUCAGGGGGAUCAACAGUCAUCAUAGUUGGAGACAACUUCUUUGAUGGACUCCAAGUAGUAUUCGGAACUAUGCUGGUAUGGAGCGAGUUAAUAACAUCGCAUGCGAUAAGAGUGCAGACCCCACCGCGUCACAUACCCGGAGUAGUGGAAGUGACGCUCUCGUACAAGAGCAAGCAGUUCUGUAAAGGGGCGCCUGGAAGAUUUGUUUAUGUUUCAGCGUUGAACGAGCCAACGAUAGAUUACGGCUUUCAGAGGCUACAAAAACUUAUACCAAGACAUCCCGGCGACCCGGAAAAAUUACCAAAGGAAAUAAUUCUAAAACGAGCAGCGGACUUGGCGGAGGCACUGUACUCAAUGCCUCGCAACAACCAAUUAGGACUUGGCGCGCCUCGAUCACCGCCAGCCAGCAUGCCUUUCAAUUCGUACACAGGACAACUAGCUGUCAGUGUCCAAGAUACUGCUGCCUCGCAGUGGACUGAAGAGGAGUACGCGCGCAGCGGUGGCUCGGUAUCGCCGCGGUACUGCUCCGCCGCGUCCACGCCGCACGCCGCGCCCGCCGCCUACCCACAUCCACAACACUACCCCGCACCGCCAACCUCACUCUUCAAUACCACGUCACGAAUGGGUGGUCUUGUAUCAUCACCGUUCAGUGUCAAUCCGUUCUCGCUGCCGACUUGCAGCGCUCAGCAAUACGCUCAGACAGCCCCGCUCGCUUCCAAGUAGCCCACAACAACACAGGCCUUCAAUGGUGAUGGUCAGUUUCUAUUAUAAGACAUUUUAAACUUUAUUAUAAUCUGUCUACAGGUGAUUUUAGAGAUAAAAUGGUGUAAGUGCAAAUUUUGUUACAUUGUUUAUUUGUUUUCAUAUUGUUUAUUCGUUAUUAUGAAUUUAAUUAUUCUCAGUGAAAUAAGAAACAUUACUUUUAUUCAUUUGUUCAAAACUUUUGUUCCUGACUAUACCUAAUAUAAUAAGGGUCAUCAAAACCAAGAAUCUAGAAAGGCGGCAUUGUAAAUACAAUUGUAAUUUUUAUGUAAAUAUUAAAGAUAAUAAAUUAAAUUCAAUAGUUUGGUUGCUAGAUUGAACUGUAGCGGUAGAUUUUAUAUACAUUCAAAGGCUAACGUUAAACUGCUCAGGACGAUUUUAAACUUUAAUAUCAUGUAAAAAGAUUAUGUUUUCGUUUACCCGUAUGUGUGUCGAUUUUGUUCUUGUAAAAUCUGUGAUAUAUUUAUUGUAAGUGACGUUGUAAAUUUUUAAAUUAAUGUAAAAUUAAUGUAACGGUGUAAAUUUUUCGAUUUUGAAAUUUUGAAUAGCGUUUCGAUUAUGUUCGCGCUUAGGUUACGGAUUCGGACAUCGAAAUAUUUUGAAUUGAUCAUAUCUAGAAACAAUACAUAUCCAGUAAAUACGAUAUUUGGGAUGUAAUAUUGUACAACGAAAGAAAAUGAAAAUCUGAUGCCGAAAUGAAAUGUAUACGAAAAUAAAAUAUCUCUUCUCUGGCUCACUUUGCUUAGAUUCACGCAAAACGAAUUGUAUUUUGUGAGGUAAACUCCGUGAAUAUAUUAUGUAGUGACGUAUUAUUGUUUAACGCAACUGUAUAUCAAAUAAGACAUUGUAAAUUGUAAUCGUUCAUGAAACAAAUUAUCACGAAAUACGAGAUUAAAUUAAAAUA